GCGUGUUUGGCCGGGGAGGCAGGCCCUGCAGAUUUGACAGCGCCGACAGCGGUGGCCCGAUAGCGAUUUCACCGCCUAGAGCAGCGUCUGCGUGGGAGGAGUCAGAUUUCGCAAGCGGUCUCGGUGCGUUUUUUUGACAGGUUCCACUGUAGAGUCGACUGCCGCAACCCUUGGCUGGUGCCCCUCCCCCACAAGGUGCCGUUUUAGGCCUGCAGACGCUUCGCUGCCUCUGACUCUUCCUUUCCCGGUGCAGUACACACACUAAGUUAGCAGCAGGGCCGCCUGGCAACUCUCCCGCUUCUCUCUCUUCUCUUCUCUUCUUCUUCCCCUUCUCCCUACAACAGGCCAUUCUCCCCAACGCCCCCGACUUUGUUGUCAUCUCCUCCAUCUAGCUCCGGCUCUCUUCCGACUAUUCGAAUUGGUCCGCUCGCAUCUUCCACCCGGGGGUGUCCUGCCAACAGCGUCUUUUAUUUUCUCCAAAAUCUCCACUCUACGCUUUUCUCGACAGCAUUCGCUCGUUCCUGUCCAUUGAUUUUCCGUCACUCCUCGAAUUAGUAGGCAUCAAUUGGGGAACGCGGCCUUCCCCAGAUUAAUCUCUAGUCACAUAUUUCAAAAUGCUCUCCGCCGCCGCCGUUGCCAUUCGCGCUGGCGCUCGUCGAGCCGCCCCUCGACACAUUCGCCUCGCCAAGGUUGCUGCUGCCGCCCGUGGUAGCAGAGCCUUUACCAACUCCCGAAUCGCUGCCGCGACUCUCGCCCGCGACCGCACCAGAGAGAUUGUUGCCCAGACCGUCAGCAGCAUUGGUAGCAAACGUGAGGGCCAGCAGUACCUGAAGCUCUUCACAUCGGUGGAUUCUCAAAAGUUCGCCGUUAUCAAGGUCGGUGGCGCCAUUCUUACCGAGCACCUCGAUGAGCUCUGCCGCAGCUUGCUCUUCCUCUACGAAUUGGGACUGUACCCCGUCAUUGUUCACGGUGCUGGACCUCAGCUCAACCGCCUUCUCGAGGAAGCUGGCGUUGAGCCCCAGUUCGAGGAAGGCAUUCGUGUUACCGAUGCCAAGACCCUUGGUGUUGCUCGCAAGCUCUUCCUUGAGGAGAACCUUCGACUCGUUGAUCGCCUGGAUCAGCUUGGUGUUGCUACCCGUUCUCUCUCGGGUGUCUUCAUUGCCGACUACCUCGACAAGGACAAGUGGCAAUAUGUCGGCAAGAUCACAAAGGUGAACAAGGAGGCUAUCGAGCGAUCGAUCGAGGCUGGCUACGUCCCUAUUCUCACCUCCAUGGCCGAAUCUGAGGAUGGCCGCUUGCUCAACGUCAACGCCGAUGUGGCUGCUGCCGAAUUGGCCCGCGCUCUGGAGCCGCUCAAGGUCGUCUACCUCUCUGAGAAGGGUGGCCUCUUUGAUGGUGAGGGUGACAAGAUUUCUCAUAUCAACCUCGAUGCCGAGUUCCAGCACCUCAUGGCUCAGCCCUGGUGCCGCUACGGUACUAGACUCAAGAUCAAGGAGAUUAAGGAGCUUCUCGACACCCUUCCCCGCACUUCUAGUGUUGCUAUUAUCCACCCUAGCGACCUGCAGAAGGAGCUUUUCACCGACUCUGGUGCUGGUACCCUGAUUCGCCGUGGUGACAAGAUCCAGACUGCAACCACCAUUGAGGAGCUUGGCGAUCUUGAUAAGUUCAAGGCUGCCCUUCUCCGCGACCGUCCUUCUGUGGAUGCCGAGGCCACCAUUGAUCGCUUCCUCGACUCGCUUAACGGCAAGCCUUUCACUGCUUACUACGACGAUGCCAUGCAGUGUGUUGCUAUUGUCCUCCCCGCCACCGACGGCCAGCCCAUGGCUACCCUUGCCACUCUCAACAUUACAAAGUCUGGUUGGUUGACCAACGUCGCCGAAAACGUGUUUGCCACCCUCAAGAAGGACCACCCCAGCCUUGUUUGGACCGUUAGCGAGAACGAUGAGAACCUCACCUGGUUCUUUGAGAAGGCCGAAGGCAGCUUCAACCACAAUGGCAACGUCUUGUUCUACUACGGCUGCGACUUGCGCUCCGGCACCCUCAGCAAGAUUUACGAAGAAUUCCUCGUCAAUGGACGCGCCAUUAUGGGUGACAGCAACCUUGAAUCUCGCCUCCGUCAGGCCGCCAUCGCCGCCAGCGAACCUCUUCACCGUAACCAUGUUGCCCAACAGGCCCGUGGAUUCUCUACCAUGCGCCGCGUCACUCCCCGCGUAACUGGCGUCCAGCAACAAGCCCGCGGCUUUGCUACCACAACCAACCCCAACCCUCCCUUGGGCAAGAAGAACGCUUCCAACACUGUCCCUGCCCGCGUAGCACUCAUUGGUGCCCGUGGAUACACCGGACAGGCCUUGAUCAGCCUCCUCAACUCCCACCCGUACAUGGACCUUCGCCAUGUUUCUUCUCGUGAACUUGCUGGACAGGAGCUGCCUGGCUACACCAAGCGCAAGAUUAUUUACGAGAACCUGAGCCCCGAGGAAUGCGGUAAGCUCGAAAAGGCUGGUGCUAUUGACUGCUGGGUCAUGGCCCUGCCAAACGGUGUCUGCAAGCCUUACAUUGAGGCUCUCGAUGCUGCUUCCAAGGGCAAGGAGGAGAAGAGCGUCAUCAUUGACCUUUCGGCCGACUACCGUUUCGACAAGUCAUGGACCUAUGGUCUCCCCGAGCUCACCAAGCGAGCCGACAUCUUCCAGGCGAAGCGCAUCUCCAACCCUGGCUGCUACGCUACUGCUGCCCAGCUUGGCAUUGCCCCCAUUGUAGAGUUUUUGGGUGGCGAGCCCACCGUCUUUGGUGUUUCCGGAUACUCUGGCGCCGGUACCAAGCCUUCGCCCAAGAACGACGUUAACCUUCUUAAGGACAACCUCAUGCCCUACAGUCUGACUGACCACGUUCACGAGCGCGAAAUUAGCAACCAGCUCGGCACGCCUGUUUCCUUCAUCCCCCACGUCGCUUCUUGGUUCCGCGGUAUUCACCACACCAUCAACAUCCCUCUUAACCAGACCAUGACCUCUCGUGACAUUCGCCAGAUCUACCAGGAUCGCUAUGCUGGCGAGAAGCUCGUCAAGGUUGUCGGUGAGGCCCCUCUGGUCCGCGGCAUCAUGGAUAAGCAUGGUGUUGAGAUUGGUGGCUUUGCCGUUCACAGCAGCGGCAAGCGAGUUGUUGUUUGCGUCAACAUUGACAACUUGCUCAAGGGUGCUGCUACCCAAUGUCUCCAAAACAUGAACCUUGCUCUCGGAUACGCCGAGUACGAGGCCAUCCCUACGAUGUAAACGCAGCAAAUUUUGGUGGAGGAUGACACGAGGUAAAAUCGCAAUGGUUACAGGCCAUAUUAUUCUGUUUGUUAGUCGACUUUUCGUUCCUUUCUGAGAUGUGUUGUAUCUGCCGUGCUUUGUUUUCUAGUGUCGGCAGGCUUUUGGUUUUGCUCGUUGCUAUUGGCGCGAAUUUGGCAGAAAAUGAUAUGGUCUGCGGCUCUAUUUUGCAUAGAAAUAGUGGAAGAAAAACAAGAAAAGCACACGAUAAAAGAUGUAACUAUUCAUUAUGAUGGCUCACCUCCUCUACGUAGCAUUGUACAGAGUGAAAAUGGCCGCAUAACGUACAAGAUUCGGCCGAGAGUAGCAGAAACAGCGGGGAUUGAUAUAGCACGAUGUAUAUUACCUGGCAGAUUACCAAUGAUGGAGGAGCCCAUUUAGGUAAAGUCCGUCGGCGGAAGGAUUCUGCAACAGGGUUUAGGAAAACCGCGCCUCUCAACAGAAAUCGACUGAUGCUAAUGCAUGAAACAAUGACGGCGCAUGACGAGGGAUACACGUAUUAGGUCCGGCGGGUUUGCAGAUCAGCAAGCAAGCCAGUCGGCUUGUGGUUGCGCUACGGUGCAAAGCUUAUUCGGGAUGUUAAUACAAACUUGGCUUCCAUGAGUUUAUCUUGGAAAACCCGUCUAUAAACCCGUCUAUGCAGAAGGCCAGCAUCUUUCCAUCUGCAGGAAAAUUAAACGCAUAGCAUACAAGGCGACGAUGGCCCCCAAACUGCUCCAGAGUACCGUUCUGAACACACGGUACCAGAAGAGCCGCCGAAGAAAGCGGAGUGAUGGCCGUGCAAAAGCCCACUUGCAAGGUAAUAAAUAGCGUGCGGUGGAAUUACCUGAUUUUGCCUUGAGCCGCACGCUCGACCCCGCUAAGUGGAUGGACAUUCGGCAGUUUGUGCUGAUCCUGAUGCAU